AUGCCUGCUUUACUCCUUCAGAAACCAUCAUUUAAAUCUAAAUGUAAGCAACAUAGUGAGUGCUUACAAAGACGGUUGAAUUUGUGGAAAUUGGGAGAUUUUAAUGGUUUGUUAAAAGAGUUCAGAGCAAUUCAAUCUCGACUCCAAUCAACUUGGAAGCCAAGAUCGCCUGAACACAUCUCUCGUACGUUUGCUAACUUAAUGCUUUCUGGUAAAGUCAACGCUGCCAUGAGAUUACUGGAUGACACUUCUACGUCGGGCGUUCUUCAGUUAUCAGAGGAUACAUUACGAGAACUGAAAGCAAAACAUCCCGAAGCUAUGGAAGCAGAUAAAGAAAUGUUAAUCACAGGACAAGUACCAUUUGUUGAUCCAGCCAUGUUUUCAAUAAUCGAUGAGUCGACGAUAGCCAGAGCAGCUCUACAUACAAAAGGUGCAGCAGGCCCUUCAGGAUUAGAUGCUGACGGUUGGCGAAGAAUACUCGUAUCCAAAAAUUUUGGCACUGCAGGGACUGAAUUUCGCUCAAGUCUUGCUGAGAUGGCCCGUAUUCUCUGUACGAAAGAACUGAAAGCUGAAUCUGACCAUCAAUCUUCAAUAGGAGCUUACGUAGCAUGUCGUUUCAUACCUCUUGACAAAUGCCCGGGGGUGAGGCCCAUUGGUAUUGGCGAAGUCAUCGGACGCAUAAUUGGAAAGUCGAUCAUCUCUGUCAUCAAACCUGAUAUUUUAAUGAUUACUGGAUCACUUCAACUUGCAGCUGGUUUACCAUCGGGAUGUGAGGCAGCAGCCCAUGCCAUGGAGGAGAUUUUCCAAGAAGACGCAACUGAUGCCAUUCUACUCGUUGAUGCGUCUAACGCCUUCAAUUCUCUUAAUCGCCAAGUGCUUCUCCAUACAUUCGCUAUCUUUGUCCUCCUAUGCCAACGUAUGUUAUAAACUGUUAUGGCUCACCGUCACGAUUAUUUGUAAUGGGUGACAAAGAAAUCUUAUCGCAGAGGGAACAACUCAGAGAGAUCCAAUGGCAAUGCCAGCGUAUACAGUUGGAAUCGCACCAUUACUGCAGAUGAUAAAAGUUCGAAAAGAUGAUGCUAGCGCUGCGAGUGAUGAGAAAAUGAAGCACGCAGCGUAUGCUGAUGAUUUCGGUGGUGCAGGAGUCCUUGGGUGUUUGCGAACGGUGGUGGAAUCAAGUUGUUCACUUUGGUCCUCUCUUGGGAUACUACCCGAUAACCCGAAAUCCUCGAAGUCUUGGUUAGUUGUGAAAGAGGACAGAGUAGAGGCUGCGAGAGAGAUAUUCACGGACACUGAUAUUAACAUCACAUCUGAAGGACGUGCAUAUAUAUCUUGGUGGUUUUGUUGA